CUAAAUUCCAUGUGAGUCAGAUCCGCCAAAUUAGUACUCUCUAUAAAACCCUUCUUACUUAUCUCCAUUUCGUUAACAAAUGCUAACUUUGUGUUAAUAAACAACAUUUAACUCAGCCUUCUUUUUAUAGAGAAAAAAAAAACAUGAAAAGUUUCUUUCUCACCCCCUUAUUAUUUUGCUUUACUGUUAUUUGGUACUCUGCAUCUUUGGGAGUUGAAGCAUGGAUCACAUACCCACCAAUUGAACCAAUCUCUUAUCUAAUCAGCAAAAAACUUUAUGAUGCAAUUUUCCUACACAAAGAUGACACAGCAUGUCCUGCCAAAAACUUUUACCCUUAUGAAUCUUUCAUUGAAGCUUCCAAAUCCUUCCCUGAAUUUGCAACUACUGGUUGUUUGAACACAAGAAAACGUGAGAUAGCUGCUUUUCUUGCUCAGAUUUCUCAUGAAACUACAGGUGGAUGGGCCACUGCACCUGAUGGACCAUAUUCUUGGGGGUUAUGCUUUAAGGAAGAAAUUAGUCCUCAGAGUAAUUACUGUGAUUCUACUGAUAAACAUUGGCCUUGUUUCGCAGGCAAAACUUAUAAGGGAAGAGGCCCUAUUCAACUUUCUUGGAAUUUCAACUAUGGACCAGCAGGGAAGGCCUUGGGAUUCGAUGGGCUGAAGAACCCUGAGAUUGUGUCCAACAAUUCAUUGAUAGCGUUCAAAACAGCUCUUUGGUUUUGGAUGACAGAGAGAAAACCAACACCUUCUUGCCACAAUGUUAUGGUUGGAAAAUAUGUGGCAACACAAGCUGACAUAGCAGCUAAUAGAACAGCUGGUUAUGGUUUGGUCACAAACAUAGUCAAUGGUGGAUUGGAAUGUGGAAUUCCAGAUGAUGCAAGAGUCAAUGAUAGAAUUGGAUUUUUUGAAAGAUAUGCUAAAUUGUUAAAUGUGGAUACUGGACCUAAUUUGGAUUGUGCAUAUCAGAAAUCCUUCAAAUGAUUACUUCUAACUUAAUUUAAUACCUUGAUGUAUGUUUUGUGUUUUUGUAUUUUUUUUCUCUCGCAAAACUUCAAUAAUCUACUCAAAUCAGCAUGUAUGUACCUGCUUCGUGGUAUUUUCCAUCUGCAAUUUAUCAUUAGAAAUUUAUGAAUAGAAAGUAUUCCUGUUAAAAAUUUGAGGUUUGUCGACGAUUUAUUGUGAUCAUGAUCUUAGAAUGUUGAAGUGUGUAUUUGGUUAACGAAUAUAAAUAAAGAUAAAAUGAUAUUUGACAGAUA